AUGGUGGUGUCCUCCAGUUCUCUGCCCCACCAUCCCCAGGCAACCUUCUCAGAAACGGAAAGCUGGUUCCAAGAUGAGCACUUAAGGAAGCAUAAAACCGCCCGGAUCCAACGCACUCACAAAAGACUGCACGAGGACCUGUGCCAUUGGCUGUGGGAGAAGUUAAGCCACUUCAUCCACUGGCUCCAGAAAAGGCUCAAGUACCUGACCGAGACCUUGGUCUUUGAGGCCUUCAUCUUCCUCGUCAUCAGCCUCAACACCCUCAUGCUGGUGGUCCAGACGUUUGCCGAAGUGGAGACCCGGUGCGAGUGGUACUUCAUGGCUAUGGACUCAGUCUUCCUCUGCAUUUACAUGGUGGAAGCCGCACUCAGGAUCAUGGCCCUGGGCUUCCAGUAUUUUUUUGACUCUUGGAACAAUCUAGACUUCUUCAUCAUGGUCAUGGCUGUGCUUGACUUCCUGCUGGGGCAGUUCAACUCCUCUUCCCACUUCGUCUACAACCAAAGCAUCUUCCGGAUCCUAAAGGUCCUGAAGAGUCUGCGGGCCCUUAGGGCCAUCCAAGUCCUGAGGAGGUUCAGUAUCCUGAGCAGCCUCCAGGAAGUGACGGGGACCCUGGCCCGGUCCCUGCCGUCCAUCGCGGCCAUCCUUAUUCUCAUGUUUACCUGUCUCUUCCUCUUCUCUGUGGUGUUCCGGGCCCUGUUCCGCCACUCGGACCCCAUCCGCUUCCGGAAUAUGUUCACCACCACCUUCACACUCUUCACCAUGCUCACCUUGGACGACUGGUCCCUCAUUUACCUAGACAGCAGAGCUGAGGGGGCCUGGUACAUCAUUCCCAUACUUAUGAUUUACAUCAUCAUCCAAUACUUCAUCUUCCUCAACUUGGUGAUCGCUGUCCUGGUGGAUAACUUCCAGAUGGCCCUGCUCAAAGAUCUGGAGAAAGUGAAGCUGGAGAGAGCCGCCCAGACCCAGGAGAAGCUGCUGGAGGACUCGCUGACACAUAUCAGCCAAUCAGAGCCUGAAAAGAAGACUAGUGACGAGAUUGUGAAGAAUCAAUUCAUCCAGAAGAAAUUUGGGACCAUGACCAAGAAGCAGAGGGACCUGUUGUGCCACUACCUGCAGCUGGUGGCUGGCGUGGAGCACCAUCAACAGAAGUUCAGAUCCCAGGCAUGUGUCAUCGACGAGAUUGUGGACACCACCUUUGAGGCUGGAGAAGAGGACUUCAGGAAGUGA